UGGAAGCCAGGGCCGAGUCCAAGCUGCGCACCAUGUGCCCGCUGACUGACUGGCGCGAGACAAAGAACCUGCGCCUGCUGAACCUCGUCCAGGACAUUACUCCUCCAGAUUUUGUCUCCAUGAUCAUUACUGAGGUCGGAAUGAUCCCUACCACCAGUAUUCCUGUCGUGCUGCGCGAGUACAAGAACCAGAUGUAAGCUGUCUUUUAUACGUGGCUAUCUUAUUAUUACAAAUAUCGGUGCUGGAAGUAUAGCGGCGCAUGCCAGAUACCCAGAGGUGCACCAGUGCCAACCCCUGGCGCUGGCGUGGACUCUGGGUCCGCAGACAUGAGUCUCUGAGGGCGAGCAAUGGCCUUUCCUCCUAGCGCAUUGUCUUCAUUAAACAGAUAAACCACUGCUGUGCUGGAAGAACCAAGAGGCUAGC